UACUAACAAGAUAUAGCUAGCUAAUAAACAAUAUGAAAAAUCCCUUCUGUUCAGCAUUGCAGACAGACAACUCACGUCUGCAGGGUGUGUUGGUUCCUUUGUGUCCAAACCAAGGAAAGGUUUCUGCUCCGCUCCUCUCUCUCUCCUGCCAUUAUCUGCUGGCUGCUGCAUCUUCGUCUCUCUCUUUUCAAGCUGAGGAAAGGUAGCCGCAUGCUGGCUGGGCCGGCGCCAUGGAGAUCAACAAGUCGAGCUGCAACUAUCUCGUCGCCUUUUUCUUCGCGGCACUGAUCCUGUCUUCCAUGGUUGCAGGAGCGCAGAGGAAGUUGUUGGACCAAGAUCAAGUAGGAUCAAUGGAGACGUCCGAAUCAUCCACGGAGCAGCUGCAGCAGGAAGACGAGGAGGUGUUGGUGGUGGCUCUGCACGGCGGGAGAAUCCUCAGGCAGGUGAAGAACACGAACGACUACGGGACCUACGACCCGUCUCCGACCAUGGCUAAGCCUCACUUCAAGGACAUACCUAACUAACUGCCUAACUGAGUUCUAUAUAUCUUGGGAUCAACGGCUGGAUGUUAAGUGCUUCGAUGAUCAAGAUCGACCGGCCGAUAGCUUCAUAUAUAUGGGAAACAUAUGAUAUGCGCUACAUAUGUAUCAAUUUGGUCCUCAAAUAAAUCUCAUGUAUUGAUAUCGCGACACGUGUGUGUGAAACAUAUAUAUAUGUGUGUAUAUGUAUUUGUGCAGUGUACACUACUUUUAUGUGGACAUAUAUAUGUUGUGCAUUCUUGGUUGGAACUCUCA